AUGCCAUCUCAGGAAGAACAAGAACUGCUGGCCAGAAUCGGCCAGCUUGCGGGCAAGAUCAACCUUCACAAGGCCCAGCAAGCUGGCGUUCAAUCGGUCCCAAGCAGCCAGGCUUCCUAUCAUCGUCGUAUGUUUAAUCUUGAGACCGAUAAAAUCAUCCUGCGCUUACACAUCACAGACAACACUCACCGACAUGGCGCCUUCCCUCACAAGCAUCGAGUCCAGCCGUACCCCUCCACCCGAGGAGGCCCGACAGGUUUUCGGCAUCGGUCCUUGGUGGUAAACAAAGAUGGAACCCAAACACCUCCUUCCGAUGCGUCGUCUCCGGCUGAGGGUUCUGUCUCGACCACUUCCUCAGGCGCUUGGAUCUCGAAGAACACCCGCGGUCAGAGGUCGCUGAUCAACUCGGCCGUUUAUGACAAGACCAAUGAAGCACACGUUAAGGCCAUUGAGGCGUCGCGCCAACAGAAGAUUCGUCAGCAGGACGCGCGCGAGCAACAACAGCUCGCCAGCCAUUUCCAACGCUACAGCGGCAAUGCAAGCGCACCGCAUACUCCUACUAACCCGACAGCGACAGGGAAUCACGAGAUAGAGAUUAAAGGCAUUCGCUUCCGUGUCGCGAACAACGGCAGCAAGCUCAUCAAGGUGUCGGGUGCGUUACGACUACAGCCUUGCACAGCGGAGCAAACUUACAAUCGUACAGGAGAUCUACACCCAGUCAACGCUACCCCCAAAAUCGCCUUCGUUGGGGGUGUCAAAUUUCAUCGAAGCAAGACCGGUAAUCUUUACCGUGACGGUGUGCUCAAAGCUCAACGCCAAACUGGCGUCAAAAAGGUCGACGUGCCUUGCAGCAUGUUUUCGCUGACUGGUUCAUGUGCCAAGGGACCAUCUUGUCGAUACAAGCACGAUGCUACGAAAGUUGCCAUUUGCCGUGAGAUGCUGCACAAGGGAACCUGCGCCAGUGGGGAUUCUUGCGAUCUGUCCCAUGACUUGACGCCCCAGCGCAUUCCGACUUGCGUUCACUUCGUCAAGGGCAAUUGUGCCAACUCUACUUGUCCCUAUGCUCAUUCUAGUGUAUCCUCAGGUGCUCUGGUCUGCCGUUCCUUUGGGAUGUACGGCUACUGCGACAAGGGAGACGAAUGCGAAGAGCGACACGUCUUCGAGUGCCCCGACUUCAGCAACACGGGCAAGUGUAAAACCAGGGGCUGCAAGCUCCUUCACCGCGAGAGGGCAAGCGUCCUUCGAAAACGGGCGGACGGCGACGAGAUGGAGGAUUUGUCGAGCGAUGACGAGCCGGUCGACAGCGACGACGUGGACUCAGACGAAGUGGAGGAAUUUAUCACCGAUGGUGCUGGUGAUGAUACUGACUUCAAGGUUCAGAAAGAUUAUAUCUCUUUCUGA